CACAUGGGGCUUACCAUCAAUUACAAGAAGACCAAGCUUCUAGCUGUCCUACCUGGAGCUGAUGCCCAUUCUCCAUCUCCCAUUUCUUUGCAUCCUGAUUGUGAUCCCAUUGAGGUGGUACCAUUCUUUCAGUACCUUGAAAGUUAUCUUUCUAAUAAUUGCUCCAUGGAUGUUGAGAUAUCAACACGGAUAACCAAAGCAUCUCAAUCAUGUGGGUCACUUAACCGCAUCCUUUGGCACCAGAGGAAGAUUAAGUCUAGUACCAAGCUGAACAUCUUUGUCUCUGUAGUUGUUUCCACCCUCUUAUAUGGUAUGGAAACAGCAGUACUUCUGGAGCUGCAGAUACAUCGCUUACAGAGCUUUGUGAUGAGAAGCCUCCGCUCCAUCCUUGGACUGUCCCUAUGGGACGGGAAGAGAGACACCUCCAUCAGAAAGAUAGCCAACCUACAAAGAAUCUCCACCAUGCUGACACAAAGACGUCUUCGGUUAUUGGGUCACAUCUUGCGCAUGGAUGAGUGUCGUCUACCAAGGAAGCUUUUGGUGUGUGCAUCACCCCAAGGUAGACGUUCAGUCGGAGGCCAGAAAAUGAGAUGGAACGAUUUGGUACUAAGGGAUUUAAGGAAUUGCAAUCUUGAUGGGGUUUGGAGGAUACUAGCAGAAGAUAGGAAUGAGUGGAGGAAUCAGAUCUGGGCUGCCACACAGGAAGUAAAUUUCAAGAAGGAAGAACAACAGAAAUACCGCAAGGAUGAGCAGAAAUGUUGCCGCGAAGCAAGGCAAACGACAUCAGAAUUUGCUUUACACUGCAGCUUUGAUGGUUGUGGAUUUACUGCUGUAAAUCAUGCCGGCCUUGUAAACCACCAGAGAUAGAAACAUGGUCAGUCCCUGACUAGUCAAUGUCAGUACUGUCACCAAACAUUCUGCCAACAAGGCCUCCACAACCACGAGCGUUUCUGCUGUCAGAGAACAUCCACUCCUCCGAUAUAGCCUAUGGUGACCUUGGCCUGCAUCGUUUCUCAUUGGAAUGAAUGCAGCGUGAAGUGAAGUGUGUGUGCGUGUGUGUAUGUGUGU